AUGAAGAAUGGGAAACUCAAUUUACCAGAGAUUAUAUAUCUUUCCAAUUCAAAAAAAGCUUGGAAUUCCGUGAUUGAUAGUGUAGAAAGAUAUCAAAGUCAUACAAUUGAUAUAAAACCUAAAAUACAUAUUGACCAGAAACUCAUUUUGGCAUUAAUUGAACCCAAAGAUGGUGGAAUUUAUCUUUGUGUAAUUCUUGAAUAUUUAAUUUUUAUACAAGAUAAAUUCUUAGAAGAAAUUAUGACAAUUACUCCUGGGACUUACAGAUCCCUUAGAUUUUUAGAAGAUUCUGAUUCCUUUACAGAAACUGAAAGGACACUUCAAUAUUAUAUUCAAUCAUUAACACUUGAACAGUUAAGAAAUGAUAAUUUAAUAUCUUACCAAUAG